AAAACUAUAUAGUUUAAUUUAUAUUUUGUUUCUGCUGGAUGUAAAUAUUUGGAAUUAAAGAGUUUUAGGGAGAAUAAAAGGAUUUUUGUACAGAAAUGCGUCGAAGUAAGAGGAACGUGUGCAGCAGUUCUGACUGUACAGAGGAUUCCGAUUUCUCCGCUGAACACACCGACAGCUCGGAGAGUGACGCCCACAUAGUGAAGCACACCCGCAUCACCCGCUCCUCACUCCGACUCAGCCAGAGCUCCCAAGCCUCUCUUGAGGUGGCAGAUUUUUCAGUGCGCCGUGUGACCCGGAGCCAGCAGCAGGACGAAUCAGCCGUGCCCAAAAAAUACCAGCUGCGACAGAGUCACCCAGAAACCGAACAGCACAGCGAGGUUUCAGAGCCGGUAUCCGACGUGAAGCGGGAUGAAUCUCCACCUCUCCGCUCCUCCGAGUCCGACGUGGACGUGUCGAGCCCGAACGCUUCCAACGACGAGAGGCUGGCCAAAGAGCUGUCGAUCAAAGAGGCCUGCCAAGCCCACCGGCCCAAACGUCGCCGCUUCCACGAGAGCUACAACUUCAACAUGAAGUGUCCCACGCCAGGCUGCAACUCCAUGGGCCACUUGACCGGGAAGCACGAGAGGCACUUCUCCAUCUCCGGCUGUCCACUGUACCACAAUCUAUCAGCAGAUGAGUGCAAGGUGAAGGCGAAUUCUCGAGAUAAACCCACGGACGAGAGGACGUUAUCACAGAGCCAGGAGGAAAACAGACACUCCACCCGGCAUCAGAUGAAGUACAAAGAGAAGGUGACGGAAAUGAGGAAGAAGAGAAAUUCUCCUACACGCAAGGACCAGAGAGAUAAAGACACUGAUGAGAGUCAGAGCCCCGGUGCUAAUCAAGAACCUCUUCUGGAGAACAUAACGAGUGAUUAUGAUCUGGAGCUGUUCAGGAAAGCUCAGGCUCGAGCGUCUGAGGAUCUGGAGAAGCUUCGUCUGCAGGGGCAGGUGACCGAGGGCAGUAACAUGAUCAAGACCAUCUUAUUCGGCUGCUACGAGCUGGACACCUGGUACCACUCGCCGUAUCCGGAGGAGUACGCUCGCCUCGGACGCCUCUACAUGUGCGAGUUCUGCCUCAAGUACAUGAAGAGUCAGACCAUCCUCCGACGGCACAUGGCCAAGUGUGUGUGGAAGCAUCCGCCCGGCGAUGAGAUCUACAGGAAAGGUGCCGUGUCUGUUUUCGAAGUGGACGGUAAGAAGAACAAGAUCUACUGUCAGAACCUGUGCCUCCUCGCCAAGCUCUUCCUGGACCACAAAACUCUGUACUACGACGUGGAGCCGUUCCUCUUCUACGUGAUGACUGAGGCGGAUAACACUGGCUGUCACCUCGUCGGAUACUUCUCCAAGGAGAAGAACUCGUUUCUGAACUACAACGUGUCGUGUAUCCUGACCAUGCCGCAGUACAUGAGGCAGGGCUACGGCAAAAUGCUCAUCGACUUCAGUUAUCUGCUGUCGAAGGUGGAGGAGAAGGUGGGCUCCCCUGAACGUCCCCUAUCUGACCUGGGUCUCAUUAGCUACAGAAGUUACUGGAAGGAAGUGCUGCUGCGCUACCUGCACAACUUCCAGGGAAAAGAGAUCUCCAUCAAAGAGAUCAGUCAGGAAACGGCCGUGAAUCCAGUGGACAUCGUCAGCACCCUGCAGUCGCUCCAGAUGCUGAAGUACUGGAAAGGAAAACAUCUGGUCCUGAAGAGACAGGACCUGAUCGAUGAAUGGAAAUCCAAAGAGGUCAAACGAGGGAGUGGAAAGACAAUCGACCCUACUUCACUGAAGUGGAGUCCACCUAAAGGAACCUAGUGAAAAUCCGGCACCUUCUGCAGCACCCCAGCUCUCGACGCAGCUCACAUGCAACGCCCUGCUUUUAUAACAUCGUAUCUGUUUCAGUAGCUUCCGUAGAUAGAGAAGUAUACCAACGCACACCAUUCAAACGACUCAAAACGCUACAGUCAGCAUGCGCACUAAGCUAACUCUCUUACGCAGGCGUGUAGAGCAACGAUUCCCUAAAUUUCCCCUGACUCCUUUAAGAUAAACAAACUAGCACCAGCCAAAGCCAAAUUAUUCAAUCACCUCUCCAGCUGACGCCUCACAUUUCACUCCUUGUAAGAGGAAAUGAGGUUUGGUUUGCGCUCUAGUCAGGUCCGCUAUGUCCUCCGGCCUGACUGAGGAGAUCCACCGCCUCUCGGAGUCUCUUGGAGAGCAGCAACAUGUACGGAGAGUCGCAGCAGAGGCCGCAGUUCGUGACUGUGCGGCUGCCUGGUGUGUUUCGAUAGCACAGCUGGGAUUUGGACCCAAGAGCUUGAAAUCUCAGAUUGCUAUGCCACUCUACAGAGUUUUUUUAUGUAUUUAGACGCGUACCAUGAGGGUACAUUACACAUCCCUGAUACUGUACUGUACUGUCAUAUGCCCGAGAGGCUUUAAACUAAAUAAAAAUAAAUCCUAGUUCACAAAUGCGUAGUAGCUAAAACACUAAUAUUCCCGAAGGUGCCUGGAACUUGCCUACAAUCUCCCAUCAAGGGUUGAGCCCCCAUGACGAUUAAAAACCUGUGCACAGAAUUCUGCAUAACACAAAGAUUUAAUACAACACAAUAGUGCUCUAGCAAAGCUGUCGAUGUUUUUCAUGUCUGUGUGAAGCAGUAAAACGUGCAGCCGCUUCUCCGUAUAUAACCCUCGUACUGGAACAUCAGAAUAUCAGAAUUUUAGCAUGUUCUUCAGUCUGCCUCUGUGGUCUAUGAGAUCCGUUCUGUUUUAGACACGUCCGUUUACUUUUUAACAGCUAAUUCUGUAGCUCAGGAGAAACGCUUCAGUGAAAAUGUGAUCGAUGCUUAAUGAAACUAAGGGUAAAAUUCUUUACUUGUUUAUUUACCUGUUGGCAAAGUACAAAACUAAUAAAUAAGAACAGUAUCUUUGUAAAAAUAACGGUUUUAAUUUUAAGUAUGACAAUAGUGCUCCAUCUACAGGUCGGUAUUACUGGUUGAACAUUCUAACUUGCAGCGUAUUUAAAACAAUAAAAACUUCAAUACUUUUGGUUGCACCUUUGCCGUCCCCUUCAUGAACUACUAUUAAGAAAUUUUACUGUUUAAAACGAAAUUUACCCCCUUCCUGCAGACCGACUGACCACUCGCCCGCCUUCCCGCCCUUUUAUUUUGUUACCGUGUGACGUUAUAGUCCAAGCAUUUUGACGUUUUUCUGGUUCUAUUCUGGUUCAUUUCACCCAACGAGUUUUAUUUUUAUUAGAUAAGCUGAGUGAUGUUUUGAAGUAGAUGCUCUGUGUGUUACAUAGAACUGUAUUUAUUUAGAAGUAAGGUCAUCAUUUCAAGUCCAGUGGUUUUAUUUAAUGCUAACUGACCUGAAGUGACGGACGCAUUGCUUUAAUGGUGUAGUGUGAUAAGGGGAUAUUCAAGAAAUGAUAGAAUUCACUAUCAAAUGGCUCUGUAGAUCAUAAGAUAAAUAAACAAUAUUUAAAAGAUGCGUUCAUCACAGGAAGCAGCGUUUUUUAUUUUGUCUAACUACUAACAAAGUGCUUCUUUCAACAAGUCGUAACUGUACAAUGUCACGUCUUGUCUUUAUGCAUCAAUUGCUUUGUGAUGGUUGCCUGCACAGAUAGGUCAGCUUAUUUCAACACCCUCUGUCUUGUGCCACUUUUAGCAGACUAGCUCCUGAUAAUCAGUCCUCAACAACCCUCAUCCUGCUCCUCUGUUGUACUGCAUUGUAUCUCCUGCUCAUUUACACUGCUAAUGAUCCUAAUAUCUUCCUACAUUUCUGUGAUCAGGUGAUUGUGUUAAUUGUGACAGGCCUGUUCGCUUCUCUGUGCUAUAAACACAAUUCAAAGCAAACAUUCACAACAAACCGUUCAUAUUUGAAGAUCUGUAUUUCUAAGUAUUUUAAUUUUUUUUUACUAUGGAAUUUAAUUUUGCUUUAGCAGUGUGGCAGCUUUAGACACAGAAACGUUUCAGCUCUGAGCUUGUGUGAAAACCGUAGGUCAGAAUCCUUCACUUCCACUGAAUUAUUGUGAAGCACCAGUGUAACACAACUCCUGUACUGUGCAGUAUUUGCUCUCAUUUUCUUCCAAAUAAAACUUGAUCUAAUCAAAA